AUGGCAAGCAAUUUAGUACGAGAAGGAGGCAAGCACGUUGGCAGUAUUUGGGCGGUCAACAUGGAGCAGCUCGACGGAAUCAAAGACGAAAUCGAGAGAUGCACCAAGGGGUUACGAAGCAAAGCCGCCGGGAGCACUUGUUGCAUCUACAAAGUGCCCUCCAAGUAUAAGGACAACAAUAUUGGCCACUGGUACAGGCCCCGCAUUGUCUCCAUCGGACCCUACUACUACAAUGGCAGAGAACUUUACAGCGACUACAAGUAUCAGUGCCUCGGCUCCUUUCUGUCCCGAGCCAAAGGUGUAACCUUAGCUGACUGCAUGAAAAAGCUACACCCUCUUGAAACAAAAACCAGACAGUGUUAUUCUGCAGAGAUUGAAAUCGAUCUCAGCUCCGAAGAGUUCCUCGAAAUGAUGCUUCUUGAUGCUUCUUUUAUAUUAGAGUUGUUUUACAAGUUUCAGGAUCUAGGGAUGCUCGAGACUCACGACCCUCUCGCCCUCCUCCUCAGGUGGAGAUUACCGUAUUUCUACGUGGACUUGCUCCUCCUUCAAAAUCAGAUCCCUUUUUUAGUUCUGCAAGAGUUAUUUGAUAUUUCUAAGAUGCCCAACGAUCCGUCCAAGGCCACCUUGCCCCUGCUUGCUUUGCGAUUCUUUAACAACAUUUUGAGAAGACCCAACAAAGUCAUUGAGAGGUACGCUAAUCCCGAAAAUCCGCCCUUGCAUUUGCUGGACUUGGUUCGAUCUAGUUUAAUCCCAAACGAUCCAACGGCAUCAAAAGACGAAGAUACACAGAUUCAAUUUUGCCCUUUCGAGAUUAGGCUCCGUGUGAUCGAUCAAAUGCCACUACAGGACAACACACAGAUCCAAUCUAUUCCCUGCAUCUCGAAUCUCCGAAGUUCAGGGAUAAGGGUCCGACCGGGAAAGGCCGAGGCGGACAGCUUCUUGGCGGUAAAAUUCGAGAACGGUUUGAUUGAGAUGCCCAGCAUAAUCAUCAACGACUUCAUGAGAUAUCUGUUGCUCAACUGUGUGGCAUUCGAGCAGUGCCACAAGAGCUGCUCCAACCAUGUCACGGCUUACGCCACUCUCUUAGACUGCCUUGUGAACACCUCCGCUGACGUCAAAUACCUUCGCGAGCACAUCGUUAUUGACAAUUACCUAGCGGACGACCGCGAAGUUGCACUCUUCAUCAACAGUCUGGGCAAGGACGUGACCUUUGAUACCCGCGACUGUUAUUUGUCCAAGUUGUUCAAUGAUGUGGACAAGUACUAUCGGAAUAGCCGCCAUGUAUAUUUCGCGAGCUUCAGACGAACAUAUUUUAACACGCCGUGGUGGUUCAUCCCGGCGUUUGCUGCCAUACUGCUCUUACUGCUUACAAUUGUGCAGACCUUCUUCUCCAUCAUCAGCUAUGUGCGUCCCAACAAUUAG